UGGUUGGGACUUUGUCACGUGGCUUGCCCCUUUCUCAGCCGGCAGCAUGAAGCGCCCCAAGCUGAAAAAGGCGAGCAAGCGUCUGACCUGCCACAAGCGAUUUAAGAUCCAGCGAAAGAUUCGUGAACAUAAGCGGAAAGUACGAAAAGAAGCAAAGAAACGGGGAAAUAAAAGUAAAAAAUCUCGCAAGGAUCCUGGUGUGCCUAAUAGUGCUCCAUUUAAAGAAGCAGUUCUUCGAGAGGCUGAACAAAGGAAACAAAGUCUUGAAGAACUGAAGCAAAAGCAGAAGCUUGCCAGACAAGAGGAAGUUGCAAAGAAAAGGAAACUUGAAGCUAAAAAAGACCCAGAAAUAAAUGAAAAGCAACAGAAGAAAAAGUUGGCCAAUUUGGAGAAUAAAAGCUCAGGAAAAUCUCCAUGCAGCGAGUUGAAUAAGGUGCUCGAUACCUCAGAUGUGGUUCUGGAAGUGCUAGAUGCCAGGGAUCCUCUUGGUUAUAGAUGUCCUCAAGUGGAGCAGGCAGUCUUACAAUCAGAGGGGAAGAAGCAACUUGUCCUUGUUUUAAACAAGAUAGAUUUGGUGCCUAAGGAGAAUACAGAGAAAUGGCUAAGAUAUUUGGAAAAUGAAUUUCCUGUUGUCGUUUUUAAAUCAUCUGCACAGUUGCAAGACAGAACAAUGGCACAGAAAAGAAAUUCUAAACUGAAUACCAAUAUAGAGAUAUCACAUGGAAAUACCUGUGCUGGUGAUGAAAGUUUUAUAAAAUUGCUUCUCGGCUACUGCAAAAAGCGAAAUCUAACAAGCAUUAAAGUUGGUGUAGUAGGUUUUCCAAAUGUAGGGAAAAGCAGUAUUAUUAAUAGUUUGAAAAAAUUGAGAGCUUGCAACGUGGGACAAGUAAGAGGUCUUACAAAGUGCAUACAGGAGGUACUUAUUGAUAAGCAGAUCAAAAUAUUGGACAGUCCAAGUAUUAUUGCUUCUGCAUCAAAUUCUGCUGUUGCCUUGUCCUUGAGGAACAUCGUGGAUAUUGAAGCACUGGAAAAUCCCACAUCUGUUGUGGAGCCCAUUCUGAAGAAUUGCAAUAAACAGCAGGUCAUGUUGCAGUAUAAUGUCCCAAAUUUCCGAACAUCUCUGGAAUUUUUAACAUUGCUGGCUCAGAAACGAAGCAUAUUGAAGAAAGGAGGGAUCCCUGACAUUGAGAAAACAGCCAAGUUGAUCCUUUAUGAUUGGAGUGGAGCUAAAGUCAGUUACCAUACAGUUCCACCAGAAAAACAUAAGCUACCCAAUUACAUCACUCCAAAACUUGUGGAAGAAGCAAAACGAGGCUUUAAUUCUGGAGAACUAAAUAAUCACAAUGAAAAUGCACUCAAAGGUGUUAGAUGCCCUAAUAUGGCCAGCAGUAUAUUAUUCCAAUCUACAGGAUCGACCAAUGGACUAAUUACAGGGGCUAAUGUGGAAGAAAAAUUGCAAAAUCAGGAAAGGAAUGAGGGUAACCAUUCUGUGGACCAAGAAAAUUCGGAGGCAGCACAUUUUGAAAAAGAUAAAAAUGAAAAGGCGAAAGCAGAGGGAUACACAACAGCCAAAACGUUGCAAAUAAAGCGAAUGAAAAAUAAACUGGAAUCAGAGAAAAUAGCUGACCCUAUCCAAACACCUAUCUAUGUAGAUCCAUCUUGUGAAACACCAGUGGAGGAUGCCUAUGACUUCAACACAGAUUAUGUUGAGGAUUUGUCACCAGUGCCAAUUAGUUAAGGCCAGGAUGCCUAAUGGCUGAAGUAACAGAACAUUGGGACUGUACAGUUUAAAUCUAAAACAAUAACUUCUACAAUUUUUUAACUGUGGAGAUUUAAGUGUAAAAAAGCAAAUUGUAUUAUAACUUGUAAAAUAUAUAUUGGAUUUAAGACAUUAAAUAACUGUGUGGAUUA